UCAAACGUGGAGUGGGCGCUGUCCUUCACGAGCACCAGAGAGAGUUUUAUUUUAUUUUUUUUUGCUUUUUUCUUCUGCGUGUCAUCAUUUCUCUGUAUUUUUUUUCAUUUGUUUGUUGCUUGUUGUUUGUUUGUUCGUCCGGCUUCACCAUUUUGAUUGCUCUUUUAAAGAUUCCUCAUCCAAUUUUCAUCAAAUUGUCCUUCUGGGUUUGGAUCUUCUUCGGCCUUCGACAUCUUCCAUACACCGCUUUUGAUCAUACCCAUGUCGAAAGCUGGAACGUUGGAUCUUGCGUCGGGCCUUGGCGGCAAGUUGGACAAGAACGAGGUCCUUUCCGCCGUUGAAAAGUACGAGAAAUAUCAUGUUUGUUAUGGAGGUGAAGAGGAGGAAAGAAAAGCUAACUACACUGACAUGGUUAAUAAGUACUAUGAUCUCGUUACGAGUUUUUACGAGUUCGGUUGGGGCGAGUCUUUCCAUUUCGCACCUCGAUGGAAGGGUGAAUCUCUGCGGGAGAGCAUUAAGAGGCAUGAGCACUUCCUUGCUUUGCAAUUGGAUUUGAAACCUGGACAUAAGGUGUUGGAUGUUGGAUGUGGAAUUGGUGGACCACUUAGAGAAAUUGCGAGAUUUAGUUAUACUUCCGUUACUGGAUUGAACAACAACGAGUACCAGAUUUCACGAGGGAAGGAACUGAAUCGUGUUGCCAAAGUGGACAAGACUUGUGACUUUGUCAAGGCUGACUUCAUGAAGAUGCCAUUCCCUGACAAUUCAUUUGAUGCAGUAUAUGCAAUCGAAGCUACUUGUCAUGCACCCGACGCAUAUGGAUGCUAUAAGGAGAUAUAUAGAGUGCUAAAGCCUGGCCAGCAUUUUGCUGCCUAUGAAUGGUGCAUGACUGAUGCUUUUGAUUCAAAUAAUCAAGAACAUCAAAAGAUAAAGGCGGAAAUUGAGAUUGGCGAUGGUCUUCCAGAUAUCAGGUUGACAGGACAAUGCCUCGGAGCUUUAAAACAAGCAGGUUUUGAGGUCGUUUGGGAGAGAGAUCUUGCUGUAAAUUCGCCUCUUCCGUGGUACUUGCCUUUAGACAAAAGCCAUUUCUCACUGAGUAGCUUCCGUCUGACAGCCAUUGGUCGUUUCAUUACUAAAAAUAUGGUCAAAGUACUGGAGUUCGUUCGACUUGCCCCCAAGGGUAGCCAAAGAGUUCAAGAUUUUCUAGAGAAAGCUGCUGAAGGGCUAGUUGAGGGUGGAAAGAAAGAGAUAUUCACACCAAUGUAUUUCUUCUUGGCCCGGAAGCCACUUUCAGCCAGUGAGAAGUAACUUAUUUGCUGCUGCUACUACUCAGUUGUGGAGAGUUUUUGCUUAAUUUAACCAUUCUAGAGCUUCUUUUACUUCUUUUUGGCUUAAUUUCUUGUUUGUUCUUUUAAUCCAAUAAAUGAGUUUCUUUUUAACA